AUGUCGUUCCGGCGCUCAAACAAAUCCCACAAGGUCCCGAACGUCAAACUCCGGCCCGUCCAACACUCCAAACGACGUACACCCCCACCGCUCUCGACGCCCACAUCCUCACCACCGAACUAUAACGACCAUGACGAGGAGCUGUCGGGCAGCUUUGUGGACCCGUGUCCGCGGCCGCUGAGGGGCGUUGUGCUGUGUGCUACUGGGGUCGAUAAGAGCGAGGUGUUUAGUAAAGCGCAGGAGCUGGGCGCUAGUACUUCGUACGACUUUACGGAUCGGGUUACGCAUCUGAUUGCCGUAGAGGCUACGGGCCAGAAGUACCAGUGCGCCGUCGAGCGCCAGAUCCCGAUCCUCAAGCCCUCCUGGAUCCUCGACAACCACGAGAUCUGGCUGCGCGGCGACAUGUUCUCCGUCCCCGAAAGCAUCGAGGAGCACCGCCUCCCGCCCUUCACAUCCAUAAUCCUCUGCCUCUCCGGCUUCACCUCGCUCGACCAGCGCACCGAGAUAAACAGGCUCGUCACGAAACACGGCGGGGCGUACGUCAAGGAACUCCGCCGGCCGGUCAAGGUCACGCAUUUGCUGUGCACGGGCGAGGAGGAGACGGACAAGAUGCGCUAUGCGCGGCGGUUCAAUCAGGCGGGCGAGGCGAAUAUAAAGCUCGUGUGGGAGGAGUGGUUUUUCGAUUGUAUACGAUACGGCGGACGGUUCAACGAAGAACCCUACUCCGUCGACCUCCCCCGUCCACUCCCAAAACCGCUCACCCAGCCCACGCCCUCCCAACAGCCCUUCAUCGGCCACGCACAAGAAUCGCACUCCCUCCCGCCCCCGCCCCGCCCUCUCGUCUCCGCCUCCACCUCCGCGUCCAACUCGAAUCAACAAGAAGUAGACGAAGACGAAGUGGCACCGGCCCGCGCGCACGUUCCAGCCGUCACGCUCCAAGUAUGGGAGUCCCUCCUGAAACGACGCGGGUAUGUGCGGUCCGUGGACGGCGCGGGGCUCGUGCGGAGUCCUUCCAAGCCUCCGCCCGCACCGGACAUGGACGUGGACGAUCAAGCGCUCCCACUCCCGCAGCCUAAGCCUAUCCAGAACAAACCGACACAGGCAGAGCUGUGGCGAGCCGCGAGCCAGGCGCACGCCGAGCUCCAUCCAGACCGCAAAGGCCACAGCGCGCUCUCGACGUUCUCGCGCACCAACUCGUUCGCGAAGUCUAAGCUUGAUGCCGAGGGGGCGUCGAAGCAGCCGUUCAGGCGCAGCCAGUCGAUAUUCGCGCCGCUUGCGCGUGCGUCGCCGGUGCCGCAGCAGCAAGCUCAGGCGGGUCCUUCUACGACCAAGGAUGUUAAUGUUGAUGUUGGGAAUGGAGAUGGGAAGACGCCUGUGUUCGCGGGGCUCAAGUUCCGCGCGUUGGGCGAGGCGAAGAGCGCAAGUGUACGCGCUGCGGUGGAGAGUUGUGCGGGGGUAUGGAUCGAUAGUGCAGAUGUGGACGACGAGAGUGUGGAUUAUAUCAUUGUGCGACUCGUCAGCGGCAGCGCGAUAUAUCGUGCGGAAACGGACGAGGCGUUGCAGGCGAAAUACAGAACAGAAUGCUGGCUCGAAGGCUGCCUAACGUCCACCUCGCUCCUCCCCGCCUCGCACCACCCAACCUUCACCCCGCUCCCCUUUCCCACCCCCGUUCCUCUCGCCUCCCGCGUAAUCCUAAGUCACUCAGGACUGGACGCGGCGGAAGAAACGUGGAUCAAGCGCCUGAUGCGCGCGCUGGGCGCGGGCGAGUGGGGGGUGAGGGUUGUUGGGAUGGAGUGGGUCGCGCAGGUCGUUCAAAGCGGAGAGAUUCCGGGGGUCGACGCGCAGGACAUGAGUAAAGGAAAGGGAAAGGGCAAGGAGAGAGAGGCCAUUGUGGACGUCACCAACACCGCCACGCGCCCGUCAGCAGUGCCGGCGGUACAGAAAGCCAAAACAAUGCCGGACGUGAACACGACGAACCGCGCGCCCAGCCGCGCGCCGUCACUACAGAAACAAGCGCUCGAGCGCGCGCGGACGGCUCCCGUCGACGAGCCGGGGCCGCUGGGCAAACAAACCCUCUUGCUCUCAUCUCGCUCCAAAUCCAAGGCGCCUACGCCCGCUCCUCCUCCAGCACCUCCUACCCGCACCACGCCUGCCCCUCUCCCUCCGGCUGCACAAACGACCCCCGCCCCACCAACCCGCCUCUCAACCCUCCAACCCCACCCCAAGCCCGCAGACUCGGGCAGCGACACCGAGCCCGAGCCCGAAGAAGACGAGCUGCCCCCGCCCUUACCCUUCCCUCCAGGGAGCCGCAUAACGGGCGUGCCCUCGUCGAGGACGCCGUCGCCUAUGAAGAUGCCGCCCAGCGACCCGAGCGCUCAGAGAGAGUCGUCGCCUCUGGGCCCGCCAUCGUCGCCUGCGCCCGGUCCGCGAUCCUCACCCGCGCCCGCGCCCGCUUCGCAAGGCGCCUCGUCGGUCGCCCAAGCCGGCUCCUCGCCCGCGCCCACCUCCGCAGCAGGAUCCUCGCCUCUCAAACCCAACCCCGCCACAACCCCAAACUCGCCCGUAAAACGCACCCCGAAAUCAUCCCCCAUGCGCCCCGCGCCCGUGCCCGCCGCCGCCGCGCGCGCACUGCACGAGUCGAUGUCCGUCCUCGGCAAACGCGCGUCGUCGGCGCGGAUCGAGGAGCCCGAGCCGCCGCGGCGUCGCAAGCGGCGGCCGCGUCCUCGGCCCGCCGCUCCUCCCGCUGAUAAAGCGAAUGAUAAGGAUGGGGAGGAGGACGGGGGGAUGAGGAUACGGAUUCCGGAGGUGUACGAGACGAGCGCGAGCUACGAGAUUCCGUCGUAUAUGCGCGGCGACGGGGAGGACGAUCCGAUGGCGGCGAUAUAUGGGGGCGGGAUGUUUGGCGGAGGGGGCGUGUUUGGG